AUGCAAACUCCCACAUAUCAAGCCAUCCCCACCACAGAAACCAUCAACAACAAUAACAACAACUUCACCACCAACCCAACUAAUAGUAUACACCAACCCCCGCACCUAAACCCCCUCUUCCAAUCCAAACUCGCCCAACUCGCCUUCCCCCUCGCCCCCCUCGUCCAACUCACAACAGGCGCCAUCCACCCAUCCUUCCCGCGCACCAUGCUCGCCUUCUGGCUCCUCACCCCUUCCCAACUCGACUCCCUCGCCGAGUUCUACCACCAGCGCUACCCCUCCCGCUGGACCAACCAGUAUCCUUGCCCCAUCACCUGGCCCGAGGGCAUGGGUCUGUUGGAGAAGAGGAGGAGGAUGGGAAGGUUUAUUGGGUUGAGGGGGUGUGAGGUGCCUUGGGGGGGUGAGUUGGAGGAGGAGGUGAUGGCUAUGAUGGGACAGUCGGAGGAGGAGAUUGCUGAGGAGGCUAGGAGGGCUAGGGGAGGAGGGGGAGGAGGGGGGGAUGAGGUUGGGGAGGUGAGGGCUAAGAUGGGGUGGUGGUUUUGA